AUGCACUCGCGAUUCCUACACAAAGGUCCAGCAAGCAGGCGAUAUCUUUCCUCUUACCAAGGUCGCAGAAGUCGCAACCGCGCUAUAGCUCCCUUCCCUUCACAACAUUCCACGCGCACACACAUGAUGGCUGUGGAAUGUACAGCCAGAUCUGCCCAAAAGAAGAAGCCAGAGCCUCGAGUGCGGUACUCAACCUCAACACCGACGCACAUUUACUGGAAUCUUUAUCAACAUCCAUCAGCGCUCGAGAUUGCGCCAAUUCCGUCUACUGAAUGGCUACAACCACAAGAAAACAGUAAGCUGUGCGGCAGUCUCGCCCCACUAUCUCGAGGUAGUCGCAAUGAUGAUUCCAAGAACAGGGGACAAUCUCUGUCGGACCUGCCGCCAGAGCUGCUUCUGCAUCUUGCACGACUGCUGCCAAUCGCAGACAGCUACAGCCUCGCGCAGACAUGCAAGCACAUCGAGGGCGUUCUCCACACGUACAUUUUUCAGCACCAAGGCGAACGCCUCCUCCACUGGGCCGCCUCAAGCGGCAGGCCAGCCCUGGCGCAAAAGGCUCUAAAAUACAAGCAAAACAUAAACAUCAAUUUUAUCCUACAAAAUCGUACGCCAUUGGCAAAAGCCAUUGAGAGCUGCAAGCUACAUGAUCAACCCGACGGCGAUUUCGUUGGCGUCGCGAAGACCCUAUUGGGGCGCAAGGACAUAGACUUGACGAACGAAACGAAUGGGAUCCCCAUACUGCCGACGGCAAUAGCGAAUGGUGUUUAUCCCGUUGUCCACCGCUUUCUGGAAAAGGGGAUCCAGAUCAAUGCCUUUCUCGAGAAUGGUAUGACUCCACUGAUGGUUGCCGCGCAGACCGGCCAGAAGAACAUGGUCGACUUCCUUCUUCGCAGGGGCGCGGACAUGAACCAGCAAAGCACCACCAGCCACAUUACUCACUCCUCUAGUCGGACAGUGCUGGCGCAAGUCCUUAGUCUCGUUGCCUUUCCCUGGAAGCGACUAGAUGGCGAUUUCGCUGCCGUCGCGCGGCUUCUCGUGGAACAGCAAGACAUAGACCUCACGGAUGAAACAAACGGUAUACCGAUGCUUGAAAGGGCAAUAUCGAACGGCUUUUACCCGGCUGUUGAUCGGCUACUCAAAAAGCAGCCAGCUGAUUACGUCAAUGCUGUCUUUUCCAACGGCCAGACUCCUCUCACGACGGCCGCACGGCACGGCCACAAGGACAUUGUCGACCUGCUUCUCCGCAGCGGCGCAAACGUGAACCAGAGAACUGGCGCGGGUACGGGGCUCCACGACAGCGUUUAUUACUCAAGCCUCAGCAAGGGUGGAGUACGUGGUGAUUGCUGGACGGCCCUUACCAUGGCUGCACGAUGCGGCCACGAUGAGAUUGUUAGUCGAUUGCUAGAGUGCGAAGCUAUCGAUACAGACGUCAUUUCAACCGAAACCGACACGACGAUGCCCGUUUCGUCGCCGGGCAGUCUCCUCGGCAUGCUUAAGCAGGAGUGGUACUACGAAUGGCAAAACAACACCUCGCAGAAGCAAGGACAUGCACUAUUCUGGGCUGUGGUGCAAGGGCGCGCUCGCUGCGUCCUGGCUUUGCUACAGUCCGAUCGGGUAUCCGUAUCCGCAGACGAGCUGACCAGAUUGCAACGAGUGGCAAAAUCUGUACAGCUAGGAGUGGGCGGCGCAUGUUUUAUUGUUUGGAUGCUGCGAGAAUGCAAGGACGCCAAUGGUGCAAGUUCACGCCGUGCUAGACUCCGCGAUGCUACUACUGUUGAGCGAGUGCUGGCUCAGCGUCAGGGAAAGGAGAUUGGGCGGUGCCAGACAGGUCGCACGAGGCCGCAUCCCGAUACGUAG